AUGAACCACCCCGUCAUCAUCCUGGUCAGCUCGGUUCAAGGGAAUGCCUACCGAGGAACACGGAACACGGCGGCGGCCGACACCUACUCACUUGUAGCUUUCGCCUUGGACUCAGGCGCCGCCGCGCGCCGCACGCCGCACGCCUCACCCGCUCACUCCAUCUCACUACAGAUAUCUCUCACUCACUUCAGGUGUAUGCUCUGUCCGUACUAUAUUACAGAGACUGACAGAGAGGAGACUGACGACCAAAACGAGACCAAGUCCGACAAUAACUGCAGUGACAAGCAUCACUGCGUCAUCUCCGUGGCUGUUUCUGUCACAUGUACUCCGCUCUUCUGCUCACUUUGGGCUUAUGGACCGUACGGGAUUGUCCAGUUACCAAGACGCGGCUUCCAUUGGCAGAUGCUGCUCGGCGGUGUCAUUGGCUGGGUUGAUCGAGGCUGCAGCCGCCAUCUGUAUUGUGCAGAGAUUCCAGAUGCAGAUGAAGCACGCAAGCUGGCUGGCUGGCUAGCUGGAGGAUCCCCCGGGCUGCCAAUCACCCUGGCCACGGCCGCCAUCUCCGCCCUCGCCGUUGUCGUUGUCCUUGCAUGGACCGACCCUGUCCUGCUCUGCCCUGCCCUGGAGCAGCAGGGUGGGUUUGUGGUGGGUUUGCAAAAGGACCUGAGCUAG